AUGGCCGACUCAACUCCCAUGGACACCAACGUACCACCAAUGCUGUCGGAACCACCUCCCUCAAGCGGCGGUCACUCCUCUGGCUCGGCAGUGGAGCAGCCCCCGUCGCACUCGCAGCCACAGCCUGCAAUCUCCGAUGAGCUUAAAGCUCGUUUGGACAAAGUCAUUUAUUCAGAGAUCGGAGUCACCACCCUCCUCGCUCGCUUGAAGCAGAGCGUUGCCUCCGCCAAGGAUUUCUCCUCAUUCUUAAAGAAGCGAGGGGCUUUGGAAGAAGAGCAUGCUCAGGGGCUCCGCAAACUAUCGCGCGCUAUCAGUGAUGCCGCUCAACGAACCGAAAAUCGACAGGGUACUUACAGUGCCAGUUAUCGGGAUAUCCAUCGCCUGCAAGAGCGAAUGGCCGAUCAUGGACUUCAGUUCUCGGUCUCCCUGCAGCAGAUGGCAGAUGACCUACACGAGCUGUCAAGCAACAUUGAACGGGGCCGGAAACAAUGGAAGCAAACUGGGCUUGCUGCGGAGAAGAAAGUGAUGGAUGCGGAGGCCCAGGCGGAAAAGGCCAAGGCCAAAUAUGACUCCUUGGCCGAACAGUACGAUCGUGUGCGCACAGGCGACAAGACGGGGGGAAAAUUUGGCCUGAAAGGUCACAAGUCGGCAGCCCAGCAUGAAGAGGAUCUGUUGCGCAAAGUUCAAAAUGCGGAUAGUGAUUAUGCGGCCAAGGUGCAGGCUGCCCAGACUGCACGACAAGAACUCCUGUCAACCCAUAGACCGCAGACAGUGCACAACCUCCAACAGCUGAUCGCGGAGUGUGACUCCGGAUUAACCUUGCAACAACAGAAGUUUGCUACGUUCAGCGAAAAGCUGCUGCUUGGUCAGGGUCUCUGCGUCUGUCCAAUGAAGGCCGACAACGGGUCGAUUGCUCCCAAGAGCCUGGCUGAGGUUGUGCGUCAAGUGGACAACCAAAAGGACUUCCAUGACUAUGUGCUCAGCCACGAAGGGAACCCCGGAGCAAUUACCGGGCCCGAAGUGAAGUACGAGCGUCAUCCUACACUCGGCGGUGGUCCACCGGCCACAGCACCGGCCACCGGCCAGCCAUCGCAGGCCAGCGCUCAAGUCAAGCCUCAAUUGACCGCGCCUCAGAAUUUCUCUCAGCAAAAUGUUUCCCUCGCAUCUCCUCAGCCCCCUUCAAACGCCAGCACUGAUCGCUUCCAACCACUGCCUUAUCCUGUCCCAGUCGAGUCAGCGCCCACACCCUCUGCUCAACCUCCUUACCCUACUUCAGGGCCGUUUGCUCACGACGCUCCUGUGCCUUCUUCAACACCUGCACCUGCACCGGUACCUGUAGCUGCACCCGCACCUGUAACUACACCUGCGCCAGCCGCAGAUAUGGGUCAGUGGCAGUCACGUUCACAGGGGGCGCCAAAUCUGCCGCCUCUGAACCCCGUAUUUGGCGUGCCCUUGAACGACCUGUAUGAGCGGGACAAGACUGCGGUGCCUCUUCUUGUCUACCAGUGUUUCCAGGCAGUGGAACUCUUUGGUCUGGAGACCGAGGGUAUUUACCGACUAUCGGGCAGCGCAAAUCAUAUCAACCACCUGAAGGCUCUCUUCGAUAACGAUGCCUCUUCGGUUGACUUUACCAGCCCAGAGCACUUCUUCCACGAUGUCAACAGCGUGGCUGGCCUGGUGAAGCAGUUCUUCCGAGAGCUGCCCGACCCUCUCUUCACCUCGGAGUAUUACUCUGACUUCAUCGAUGCCGCUCGAAUCGAUGAUGACACCCAACGGCGUGACCAGUGCCACGCACUCAUCAACAAUCUCCCGGACGCUCACUAUGCGACUCUGAGGGCUGUGAUCCUGCAUCUGAAUAAGGUGCAGGAGCACUACACCUCAAACCGCAUGAACGCGGGAAACCUGGCCAUCUGCUUCGGGCCAACCUUGAUGGGCGCCAACUCCGGGGGCAACAUUGCCGAUGCGGGCUGGCAAGUACGGGUGAUCGAAACGAUCCUCAACAACACCUUCCAGAUCUUCGACGAUGACUAG